AUGCAAAACAGAAAAAGAAACAGGUCUGUCGAUACUUCCAACUCAAAGAAAGGAUGCAAGGAGGGUACGCAAUGCUCAUUUGCGCAUGUACAACUAUCGGAGCCAACAACUUCUGAACCCAAACCACGAGUCCGAAAGCAGAAAGCUAGCGGUGGAGAUAGCAGCGAUGCUGCCACUGUCGGACGUCAAUAUGAACCUCAAGUUGACCGUUCCAAGGUGGUCAGUAGACCAACUCCAAAGACAGAGAAGGAGGAUCCACGAGUAUUUCAGAUGGGUCAAAUUCGUCGUCGCUUUGCUCCCAUGGAAGAAUCGCUUCCAGAUGCCACGCUUCUCAAGUUCAAACUCGCUCCUAGCGAUCCCGACUUUCCAUUUGAUCUUCCCUUCCUGGAAUGCUCUCUUACUAUACCCUUGUCCUAUCCGCAAGCUAAGCCAAGUUUGCGUAUAACUAAUCCCGAGAUGCCACGCGGCUUUCAACUCAACGUUGAACGUGGAUUUGAUCAAGUUGUUGUUGAUUCGCCGAACGCGACGCUUCUCGGCGUGUUCAAUCGUCUUGACAAGCAGCUCGAGACGUUGCUUUCUGGCGAGAAGGCUGACACAGUGAAGAUCAUACGAAAUACACCAAGACCUGAACCUCAAACGCAGCCUCUACCUGCCGCUCGUGCGCCUAAGCUACAGCAGGAAGUGGCUACUCGCAGUACAGAAAGAACUCCAUCAUUCACCACCGAACAGAAGCUACAAGCUGAAAAGAAGCGUCAGGCCGAUAUCAGACAACUUGUUGCUAGGUUGGGUCGACUACCAGGCUUUAUACAAUCUUCUGAUGAUAUCUCUUUCACCAUUCCUUUUCAGCCUACAAAGAAGAUGAUGUUACCGGAAGCUCUGCAGAACCAAAAGUCGAUUCGUCUAGUCGUACCUAAGCUUUACAACCUACAUCUACCUCGAAUUGAGGUUAAUGGCAACAACGAUGCUGCAGCAAGAGUCCUCGAGCAGUCAUUCCAAGAAAGAGUCAAAAGCGAGAGUGGACUAAACUUGCUUGCCCACAUCAACUACCUUACCCAACAUGCGCAUACGAUGUCUAUCGCCAGGGCGCCUACCAAUGUAUCUGAUGCACAAGAGAAGUCUGAGGAAUUGCCCAGAGCAGACAUUGUAGUCCCAAGAUCUGCCCAGCCACCCACUGCUGUUGUGGACCAAGCUUCUGACAAAGCUCAUAUCCACGUCAUCCCAAGACCUCCAGAAUGGAAUACCAACGGUCCGGAUGGUUGGAGCAGUGACGACUCCUACUCGUACGACAGUGGAGAUGAGACAGAAGAGGAGGAUGCUGAUCAACCAGAGGAACCAACUGCUAAUGCGUCUGGGCUCGCUGAGCGUGGCAUUAUGCUAUCGUUCCCUAAUCUGGAGUUAUACGGCUGUGAGCUCUUAGAACUCGUUUCACUCAGUAUCACGGUCAAGUGCGAACGCUGCAAAGAUUUACUAGACGUUCAGCGCCUGAGAAACAACACUAAAGGAGAUAGUACUGGUAUGCGGGACGAAAUCUGCAAGAAGUGCGCGAACACCCUUGCAAUUGGAUUUCGAGCGGACUUGAUUCAUCAGAAUUCCGUGAGAGCUGGAUAUCUCGAUCUCGAUGGUUGUACGGUGAUUGAUAUGCUCCCAAGGCAACAAUUUCAUCCCGACGUGCUCAGAGUGCUCCACAUCUUAUCCGGCUCCAGGCGUUGUUGGAGUUCGUGGGGACUCGAUUCUGGCGAUCUGUAG